UCCGCCGUAGCAAGCUGAAGCUUGAAUUUGAUCCGUCAAGCGAACAGUCAAGCGAACAGCUGACGAUGAACGAUGGUCGACUCCGAUUGCUUCGACGGGACCAUCUCCCCCGGCGAAUUCCGCACCGCUGCUUCCGCUCUUGCUGAGAGAUGGAAGAAGAGCGCGAGCUCAGGUCUGCCUCCGUGGUCGUGGGCUUCUCCUCCGAGGCAGCACUCUUGGCUUCUCGAUCAAGUUGAUGGGUAUGUGGCUAUGGAGAAAUUACGCUUCUGUAGGUCCAGCAAGGUAGAUGAUAAUACUUGUUGCAAUGCCAUGGAAGAGCCCGGCUGUGCUGAUGAUGAUGAUGAGCCAGUUGUUGAUGAUGCUACACUGGUCGAGAGCGGUGAUCAGGAAAUGCAUCACUACUAUGAUUUACAUAUCGUGUACAGCUCCUCUUAUCGGGUUCCUGUGCUGUAUUUCCGUGUCUAUGGCAGCGAUGGACAACCUUUAUCCUUGGCGGAGUUUGAGAGAGACCUCCCAGUUGGAUCUGCAGAUGAAUUCCUCAAAUCGAAAUGGACAUUCAUAACUCAGGAGGAGCAUCCUUUCCUGAACCGCCCGUGGUACAAGUUGCAUCCUUGUGGGACCAGCGAAUGGCUAAGAUUAUUAUUCUGUAGCGAUGCCUCAGUGCUAACAAGAGAGGCGGCAGUUGAGCUCUAUCUCGUGUCUUGGUUCUCCUUUGUUGGCCAAGUGUUUGGUCUCGGUGUAACUUCCGAUAUGAUGAAGAAUCGAAAACAACUGUGAGCACAGUUUCUGUAGUGAUCAUUUAUAUUCAGUUCAGAUCCCUUCAAGAGAUACUAUUCCUGUUCCGGAAUCCGUAUCUUUGCUCUCUGUUGAACAACAAAUUUGAGAAUCCGAUUCGCAUGGAGGAAGCUUUUCGUA